GGGAUGAGAGCGUCUCUCCGCAGGAUGCAGUCACUCAGUUGACUUCUACGAGACUCAAACCGAGAGCCGCUGGUCGUGUGGAACAGUUUGGAAACCAGGAGAAGUCUUUGGAAGAACCUUUUCCCGGGGCUCCGUUGACGCGGACAGAUAAAACAUCACGUGCCCUCUGUGGACGGUCAGCAGGAGAGAGUCGGGUCCCGGGCUGGUGUUGAGGCGGAAUAUGAUCUGAAUGAACGGAACUAACAGCUCUGCUGCUCACUAACAGGAUGGCCCUUCUGUUGCUUCAUACCGCUGUGUUGCUGUGGGCCCUGUGCCCCAGUUUGCAGGACCAGUGUGAUAAAUCCUCUGAAACCAGCAAACUGAACCUCUCAGUCACGUACAAGCUUCCAACCUUCACUUCAGACUUCCCAAUCCAGAACAUGGUGACCCAGGAUGGGAUUAUCUACGUCGGUGCCGUUAACAGAAUCUACGCCUUGGCCCCAAACCUAACAAAGCUGUCGGAGUACCACACAGGACCACUGCUGGCCAACGAGACCUGUGGCCAGACAUUACCGAGGAAUGGCAGCAGCACCAGGUUCGACAACCACAACAUUGCUUUACUGGUGGAAAACUUUUAUGACAAAGAGUUGUUCAGCUGCGGAUCAGCGGAUCACGGAGUGUGCCGCCGUCAUGUCCUGAAUAAUGACAAUUUCCUGAAAACCGUUGACGAGGAUGUUUCCUGCUUUGCUGACAAGGUGAGCCCGGGUCAGGGGCAGCCAGUUGACUCGGAUGUUGUGGUGAGUCCAUCGGGCUCUCAGGUGCUCAACGUGGAAAGCAACUUUGUCACUUUUUUUGUUGGAAAUUCCGAGAUUCCAUGGGCAGAAACCCCGUCCAGCAAUGCAGCGCGUCCCCACACCAUCUCUGUCCGGAGGAUGAAGACAAGCCAAAAUGGCUUCUUCUUGUUCUCCAACACAUCACACAUGGACCUGAUCCCAUCUCUCAAAGGGAGCUACUACCUACGCUAUGUUCACUCUUUCCACAGUGGACCCUUUACCUAUUUCCUCACCGUGCAGCGGGUCAGCAGGGACAGUAAGGCAUACCACACCCGCAUUGUCCGCAUGUGCUCCUCAGACCACAUGAUUCGCCGCUACGUUGAAAUGCCCCUGGAGUGCAUCAGCACUGACAAGCGACGCCGACGGUCCUCCGACGACGUGAAGAGGUUCAACAUCCUUCAAGCCGCCCAUGUCACUAAGGUGGGCAACGAUGUGGAUCUGCAAAAGCAACUGAAGGUGGAAGAAGGUGAAGACGUGCUGUUUGCUGCCUUUGCUCAAGGGAAGCCAAAUUCUCCAGAGCCGACUGCGAGCUCGGCCGUGUGCGUCAUGUCCCUAAAACACAUCAACAAAAUGUUCAAGAUGUACAUGCAGAAGUGCAACACAGUCAACCUGCAUCACUUCAACGGCUCAGACACCAAGUCCUGCUACAAUCUGAGUUCCUCAGACGACUGCGAUCUUCACGAAGGAAUUCAGGUGGGGAAAGAGGGCAUGUACCGUCUGCAGGUGACCCAGUUUGUCCAGAGGUUAGAGUACUGGCACAGGGACUUGGCCAACACCUUGGUGACGUCCAUUACUGUGGUUCCAGUCCAUGGUCGCACCGUGGCAUACCUUGGAACAGCAGAUGGAUUCCACAUACAGGUGCUGUUUUCCCGUUUUGCAUCGCCCCAUGUGAACAUCCGUCUGGACUCUCGACCCGUCUCUGCUAGUGUAGUGCUGCCGGACUCUGCUGCUUCAGAGGGAGCCUUGCUGAUGGCCACAGGAAACAAAAUCACUAAGAUUCCUCUGAUUGGCCCUGGCUGUGGUCAGCUGACCACCUGCACAUCAUGUUUACUCUCAUCAAGAGUGACUCAAUGUGGCUGGUGCGAUGGACGAUGCACCAGGAGGAACCAGUGCCCCUCCUCCUCUGUGUGGAGUCAGGACUACUGCGCACCUGUCAUCACUAAGAUUGUCCCAGCAUCUGGACCAGUGCGGGGAUCUACAUCAGUGACCAUUUGUGGAUACAACUUUGGCUUUGACAAAACAGAGAACUUCAAGGCCUCAAUGGUGACGGUGGAAGUGGCUGGUGCUCCCUGUAAACUGGCCCGACAGGACCACAUCAACAGAUGGACUGAGAUGCAGUGUUCCCCGUUGCUCAGUGGGAACUUCACCCCUUCAGGACACACCGUGAAGGUUUCCAGUGGAAACAAAGUGGUCAAGACCGAAGGUUUCACAUUUGUGGACCCCCUCAUUAAGCAUAUCUUCCCCACAUUUGGUCCAAAGUCUGGAAACACCAUGCUGACCAUCAGGGGAGAAUUCUUGGAUGCAGGAAACAAACAAGUGGUGACUGUGGGGAAGGCGGUCUGUAAAAUUCAGAGCUUGACGUCCACCAUGCUAACCUGUAAGACUCCUUCACAACUUGCACCCUCAGAGGAGCUGGUGAAGCUAACGGUGGACUCAGUUGAGUUCCAUGCACCCGUGCUGUUCACCUACAACAACGACCCGAUCAUCCACAGCAUCCAGCCCCUUCGCUCCUUUGUGAGCGGAGGCUGCACUGUGUCAGCCCAUGGCUCGUUCCUCCAGUCCGGGCUCCAGCCCCAGAUGGUUCUCACCACCGGUCAGGAUGAUGCGGUCUUCCAUGUGAGCUGUGUGUAUGGCGAAAACCGGACCUCGAUCCAGUGCACCACUCCUUCUCUGGCCAAACUGGCCCUCCAACCUCCAGUGGUGACCAAGGUGGCGUUUGUCCUGGAUGGCUACUCAACAGAUCAGAGGGACCUGAUCUACGUCGAGGACCCUUCGUUCCAGGACCCCAAGCUUACGUCCAAAGACAACAAGAGCAUUGUGGAGCUCAAAAGUGAUCGGAUGGACCGGGAGGCGAUGAAGUGUCAGGUCCUGACCGUUUCCAACCACAGCUGUGCGAGUCUGACUCUGGUAGAAAACACGCUGCAGUGCACCGUUCCCACCGAGCUGCAGGCAGCCAUGGCUAAGGAACUGCUGGUGGAGUGGCGCCAGGCAGACACCAUCAAACCUCUGGGCAAGGUGACGCUGGCGCAGGAGCAGGACUACACAGGCCUCAUCGUGGGCUGUGUGUGUGUCAGCUCGCUGCUUCUGCUGCUGGGAACGCUGCUCAUGUGGAGGAGGAACAAGCACAUCGAAGAUCUGUCAGAGGUGUGGUAUGAUGGCCGGGGUCACAUCCAGCAUCUGGACCGGCUGGCUAAUGCGAGGAGCAUCAGCCCCACUAACGAAAUGGUGUCCCACGAGUCAGUCGACUAUAGAACAACCCUGCUGGAUGAUCAGGGCGCCGACAGGCCCGAGACAUGCCGAGCUGCUCCUCCCAUCUACGGAGGCAACGGGGAACUGCUGUCUCCCAGACUUGGGGUGCUGGGAGGUCGGAUGGGUCUGGGGAUGGAGGGCGAUUUGGUGUCGCCCCUCUUGAUGGCCCAGGUCCACAUUGACCCAUCCUGUCUGCACCCAGACCUGCUGACUGAGGUGCAGCAUGUGGUGAUCGCCAGGGAGCAGCUGCUGCUCCACCUUAACCAGGUCAUCGGCCGAGGACACUUCGGUUGUGUUUUCCAUGGGACGCUGCUGGAGGCCGACGGGCAGAAGCAGCACUGUGCCGUCAAGUCCUUAAACCGCAUAACAGACUUGGAGGAGGUGUCCCAGUUCCUCAAAGAAGGCAUCAUCAUGAAGGACUUCAGCCAUCCCAACGUUCUCUCUCUGCUGGGUAUCUGCCUUCCUCCUGAGGGCUCACCGCUGGUGGUUCUGCCCUACAUGAAGCACGGCGACUUGCGAAACUUCAUCCGUGAUGAGGCACAUAACCCAACGGUGAAGGACCUGAUGGGGUUUGGACUCCAGGUGGCCAGAGGGAUGGAGUAUCUAGCCAGCAAGAAGUUUGUUCACCGAGACCUGGCUGCCAGGAACUGCAUGCUGGAUGAGAGCUACACGGUAAAAGUGGCAGACUUUGGCUUGGCAAGAGAUGUUUAUGACAAAGAAUAUUACAGCGUCCACAACAAGAGCGGGGUCAAGCUGCCUGUCAAGUGGAUGGCUCUGGAGAGUCUGCAGACACACAAGUUCACCACCAAGUCUGACGUGUGGUCGUUCGGGGUGCUGCUGUGGGAGCUGAUGACCCGAGGAGCGCCCCCGUACUCCGACGUGAACUCCUUCGACAUCACCGUGUUCCUCCUGCAGGGCCGAAGACUGCUGCAGCCUGAGUUCUGUCCCGACACGCUCUACACUGUGAUGAUCGAGUGCUGGCACCCGAAGCCCGAGCGGCGCCCCUCCUUCUCCGAGCUGGUGUCGCGCAUUUCUGCCAUCUUUUCCAGCUUCAGCGGGGAGCACUACAUCCUCCUCAACACCACCUACGUCAACAUUGACAAAAUGAGCCCCUACCCUUCCCUGCUUGCCUCCACAGCGUCCUCUUCAUCCUCCUCUUCCUCUGAGCCUUCUACCUCCUCAUCCCUGCCUUCCCGCUCCCCCCUCUUCUGUCACGUGGAGCGCGGCUGCUGCACCUGAGAGUCGCUGAGGCGGAGACAGGGACUCGAACAGAACGGUGGUUUGAGAACUCCUGCUGCGACUUGCCAAACACUGGACUCUGUGUUGAGGAAAAACAUUUCUCUCUCGAUGUAAAUAAACUAGAGACCUUCAAAAUGUUGGAGUCCUGCGUUGGGCUGGCCCAGCUGUGCUAGACUUCCUGUGUCUUCUAUACAACACAGGAGGCAUGUAUGAAGAUCUCCCUCACCGAAGCACAGGAGGAGACCUCCAGCCUUUGAUAGAGCUUCAUGAAGAUAUGGGCAUGUGCUGAACUAAGCUUCCAGACUCAGAGACGCUGCUGGGGUGGAUUUAGGAGCAUUGAGUGAGCAAAGCGAGGCCUGCUGGAGGUCAACGGAUGUGAAAGCAGGAUGUUUAGAAACCUGCUGCUGUGUUCUGAUCACUGGAUGCUUUAUCGGUCUAAUUACCUGUGGACAAUCUGCUCUGCAAGACCACGCGGUUGGGAUUAAACGUCUCUUGUUUAAACCCAGAACCGGUUCCUGAGUUAGUAAAUGAUACAGCAAACACAUCUCACACUUCUCAGGAAGAAGGAAGAUUAAAACAUUUUGAUUUUCAUACAUUUAACUGUCCAAAAUGAUGGAACUAACCCUAACGCCACGUUUUUCUUCUUUUCCCAGUGACAAAAUAAUUUCAGUCACUUUUCUUCUCAAGUGGACAUUUAAUAACAUUUCUGAGUGACCAGUUUGAAAAAACGGAUCUCAUUCCCAACAGGAUUGAUGAGCUAACGGGUUGUUAGAGCAGGACCCGUUUCAACAUGGAUCCCAGGUGUUUUUAAACACCUCUGAAUUAAACUGUUAAACAUCCUUUUAGAAGUGAUUUUAGUUUGUUACGUAGAGUUUGUAGGUUUUUACCCGGGAGUUGGCCAUGGAGCUUCUGCAGUACGUCUACUUCAGUGUGUAACAGUUUUGCUAUGUCUGUCUACGUUUGCAGGAUUUGUUUCAGAAUAAUUAAGGACAGAAUCAGCUAAAAUUCACUUAACCGUCACUGCUUUGACUAGCCGUUAGCUCAUCUGUCUGAUCAUAACUUAUCUCUGUUUCUUCAGACUGAGGUCGUUCAAACAGCUCCCAUAGAUAGGUUUAACCCAUCUGCAGUAACUGAACUGUCCCUUUAAGCCCUUUGUUAGUCCAGGACUCAUCCUGUGCUAGGUCAGAUGGAAUCUGGAUUUCUAACUACUAAAGGCUCUGCUCCUGGUGCUCUUAAAGGGACAGUACCACCAAAACAACAAAAUUUCCCUCUGGGAUUAAUAGUUUCUUUGAAUAUGUUGAUUUUAGGUGUUCGUCAGACUUCUGGAUGUUAACUUCGAGAGUUCUUGUUGUUGAAUAUGACUUGAACUGACUUCUGAAAAUCACCAAAGCUCCUAAGAGUUACUUUACGUCCAAGUUUCCAACCAUUCACUCUCAUUCUAUAAAUCAGGGGUAUUCUUUUCCGGGCCUGGAGGGCCGGUAUCCAGCACGUUUUAGUUUUAACCAUGUUCCCACACUAUUUGCAACAACGAAUUGAUAAAUUCGAUGAAAAUCGAUUACUAAAAGCGUUGGCAACGAAUUGCGUCAUCGAUUCGUUGUGUCACACAACUCUUCCAAAAGCGCC